UUUAGGACAUUUCCAAUUGAAAGUGACGAUAGCAUAUUAAAUUCAUACACACAACACGGAUGCUAGAACUCGAACCUAGAACCUUGCCUGAGAAAGUAAAUACUUCAAACCACUACACUAAUGAGUCAUUUAACUCCCUUUAAAAAUCAUGUAAACAUACUAUUUUCAAAUGAAAAUUUUAAUAAUAAAACAGGUGAGCUUAUCAGCUGUCGAAACGAUUAUGUCACAAUGACAAUGCCACCAUACUUGCUUUCUCUUACUUUACACGUCCUCCAAUAAUCUAUAAAUGCCACCCACAACCCCAAUAUACAAAGGGUUGUAUGAAGCCAGAAGCACAAGAACAAAACUUCAACACAAUACUUCCAAAUUGCAUUUUCCCAACCAUGGCCAAGAACUCCAAAUCCCUCCUCAUUUCCUUAACUAUUCUCUUCUUCAUAACCAUGGUCACUUCAAAAUCACCAAACUUCUCUCAAAACCCAUCUCUACAAGCACUUGGCCUCAACAAGCAAGAGAAGCUAAGCCACCUCCACUUCUACUUCCAUGACAUUGUCAGCGGUCCAAACCCUACUGCCAUUUGGGCUGCCCAAACACCCACAUCCAAAAAAUCCCCAACCCUAUUUGGCUCCAUAGCCAUGUUUGAUGACCCAUUAACCGUGGGCCCCGAAAGAAGCUCCAAGCUUGUGGGAAGAGCACAAGGGAUUUAUGGGUCUGCUUCACAAAGUGAGGAUGCUUUGUUGAUGACCAUGAACUUGGCCUUUGUUGAAGGUAAGUUUAAUGGGAGCAGCCUUAGUGUUUUUGGUCGAAACGCGGUGGUUGAAGCUGUGAGAGAGAUGCCAAUUGUUGGUGGAAGUGGGGUUUUUCGGUUUGCUCGUGGCUAUGUUCAGGCAAGGACUCUCAAGUUCAAUGCAACAAGUGGAGAUGCUCUUGUUGAGUAUGAUGUGUUUGUUUUCCACUACUGAGUUUUUGUUUUCUGCUUUGGUUUGUUUUCUUUCAAUCGACAAUGUUCUUCACAGUGUUUUUUUGGUCACAGUGUGGUUGGUGGAAGUGGUGGGGCUUUGGGUUUUUGGGUUGUUGGUGUAGAAAUAUGAAAAUGGCAAUCAAUUGUCAUAGUAAAGCAACUGCACGCGUGUUGAUUAGAAAGAAUCAAGUUGGUCUUUAUAGUA